ACUGCAAACCAGUUCAAACAUGUCUCGAAGAGAAGUAGGUAAUCCAGUUAUUGCAUUUAUUGAUGGUAUUUCAUUGGCUAUUGGUUUUUAUGGCAUAUAUACCAAUAUAAUGACGGUGGAACUACCGGAAUACCUCGCAGGUGCAGGACAUUGGCAGUUCUUAACUAAUUUGUCCUUGGUAUAUUCGUUGGUGGUGUUUGGGUUAGGGUUUGUAGCCCAUAUCACACAUAACAACAUCUUGUUUGGAAUCAAGAAUAAUAUCCAUCCUAUAGGUUUAGCUCUUGAAACUAUAGUUGCUGUGAUCUACUGGCCAUUAAGAUUGUUUUUUAUGAAUUUAUUAACUUCAGCACCAGAAAACUUUUGUAUUUCAUUACUGACGGAUUUGGCUAUCCAUUUGAUGCCAGUUGUUUCUUUGCUAAUUGACUAUUUGGUUUUUAUGCCUAAAUGGACUAUCAAGACUUCUUCAGCAUUAGGGUUACUUGUAUUUUUGACCCUGGUAUAUUGGUGUUUAUUAAAGAGUUUGAUUGAUAUUGAAAAGGGUGCCAAGUAUCCUUAUGCAUUUUUAGAUGUUGAAUCUGAAGUGGAGAGAGCUGCAAUAUUUGGUGUUGUGACUCUUGUUGCAUUUUUACAAUUUUUAUUUUUGAGAAAGGUGUACGAUUUUAUUGUAAAAACUACCGAAGAAAUAGACGACGAGAUUGAUAAAGGUCUAGAUAAAAAGAAUAUUUAAGGUUUUAUAGUUUAUUCAGGUUUUGUAAGGUUUUUAAUGUUGUGUUUGUAAUAUGUCUAAAUCUCAGUCCACCCAAGGGCGUACCUCCGUACCAGCGAGUAACUAUCACUAGUACAUUGACUAUGUUGUGCUUUAUUAGUAGCUCAAGGAUUUUACUACCUGCACCACUCUCUCCAUUAUCUUUAAAACCUUGUUUAAUGUUUGUUUGCUUUCCAUCUAGUACUUCACCCGUUCUCCAUGCUAACAUAUGGGGAUGACUGGCAUUCUUAGCUAUGGAUUUGUGUUGCUGCUUAAAUUGUGACAACACCUGAGGUAUUUCCGACUCUGAUGUAAUAUUCACGUUCCUUGCUUGAAACUUUGACUUUCUAUCUAUGAUUAUUUCCGAUUCAUGCCAAUUUGUAAUUGUUCCUAACCGUCGUAUGGUUCUUCGUAUCAUUAUAGUUGUAUGUUCCGGUAUAUAAAAUUUUUUU